UUUUGACACUCGGGGUCACGUGUGCGCUCUGGCUCCGCCCCUCGGCUGGAGGACCCCAGGUAUCCCGGUAUGCCCCGCGCUAUGGACACGUCGCUCCGGUUCUACCAUAGAGCGCUGACUGUCAUGGCCGCCGUCGAGUUGGCGGAGCCCGGGCCGGUUCUGUAGUCUGUGAGCGGGACAGGAGGCCGUCACCUGCCGGGGGAAGAGCCGAGCACUGCGGCCCUGCUCCCUCCUCAGCCCCGCACGGUUCCGCGCUCUCCCCGGCUCUGGGCGUCGCUCCCCCCGGUGUGAGGUUCCGGUUCAGCCGCAGAUUCUCCAGGAUUUCUCCGCUCUCCCGCAGCCAUGGCCUCCUGGUUCGGGGGUCUCGGCUCCGGCCUGGGCCAGUCCUUGGGACAAGUGGGCGGCAGCCUGACCUCCCUGACCGGACAGAUCUCCAGCUUCACCAAAGACAUGUUACUGGAGGGGGCGGAGGAACUGCCAGAGGGAUCUCCGCAGAUGCGCACAUCCCGGGAUGUGGAGAGUAUCCAGGCUCUGCAGAGGUCGGAGAACGAGAGACUGAAGAAAUUGUGUUCGGAGCUGGAGGACAAACUGGAGGCGUCUGAGCUACAAGUGAAGCAACAAUCUGUGGAUUACAGGAACCGUCUGCAGCAGAAAGAGGUAGAAAUCAGCCAUCUGAAGGCCAAGCUGAACUCCCUCCAGGAUGAGGUGCAGAAAUCUCAGGCCUCCGCACACUUGUCCAGCGUCUCCCUUCAAGCAGCCGACUCCUCCGCCUUCAUGUCCAGCAUGCAGCCGCCGCUCUCCAGCUUCCAGGGGGAUGAUAUGGACUUUGGGGACGUGAUCUGGUCUCAGCAAGAAAUCAACACCUUGUCCGGUGAGGUGUCCAGGCUGAAGGCGGAGGUGUCACACUGGAAGCACAUAGCACAGUCUUCAAAAAUUCAAGGGACCCAAAGUGCGGACACCAGUGAGAUCUGCACGCUGCAAAAUACCAUAAAGGAUCUUAAGCAAAAGUUGAGCCAGGAGAAAGACGAGCAUCAGCACGAGCUCUCCGUGCUACAAGACGCUCACCGCCAAAAACUGGCCGAGAUCACCAGGAGGCACCGGGAGGAGCUGGGAGAGUACGAGGAGCGGAUUGAGGAACUGGAGGAGCAGCUGAACACAGGGGCAGCAGAAGGCACCUCCGACAACUCCAAAGUGUUUGAGCUACAGAAAACCAUCCUCACCCUGGAGGCCGACAACGCCGACUGCACCCAGAGGGUUCGGGAGCUGGAGCAUGAAGUGAGCAGGAUGGGCUCCAUGGUGUCAUCCUUGGAAGAGGAGAAGAGCGCCCUCCAGAGGGAGAAGGAGCUGAUUGUAAGUGAGCGGGACGCCUUGUCUGUGGACUACGAGAAGAUCGUGUCUGAGUUCACAGAGAUGCAGAAAUCCGCAGCGACCGGUGGUUUGGGCGAUGUCGACAAUCUGAAGCUUGAAGUCCUGCGAUUACAGGAGGCUCUGUUAGAGGCAGAAAAAGAAAUGUCCCGAAUGUCUCAGUCUGAACAGGCGGGCAGCGAUUCACUACCAGAAGGUAAAGACGUGAUGUUAUUAGAGAACAAGAGUCUCUUCUUGGAGGGGGAGGUGAAACGCGUGGAAAAAGAAAAGGAUGCGCUAAGAACAGAACUAGAUUUUGCAUUGUCCUCAUGUGCCAAAGAAUCUGACCUCGAGCAGCUGAGAAGAGAUCUGGAAGAAAAGGAGAAGACUUUACAGGAAAGUACUGAAGAAAAGGAAACACUUACAGCAGAACUGGAGGAACUGGAUAAACAGAACCAAGAAGCCAUGCAGCACUUGAUGCUUAUGAAGGAGCAGCUAUCAAAACACAAAAUGGAGGCAGAAUCCCAAAUUGCUCAACUAACGGAGGAACUGCAAAGUGAAAAGGAGAAAACAUUGAGGAAUCUGUCAGAAAACAGCGGCUUAUUACAGGAACUGGAGUCUGAGCGAGAAAACCGCGGACGGUCUGAGAUGUCUCUGCGGGAUCUGGAGACCCGGGUGACAGAGACGCUGGAGAAGAUGAAGCAGCUGGAAGCCACCAAUUCAGCCAUCGUCCUGGAGAAUAAGGAACUUAGAGAAACUCUGAGCCAAAUGAAAGGCGAGAACUCUGAACCAGGCCGCCAAGACAAUGAGAGCGAAUCCCAGAUUGUAAAACUCUACAAUGAACUCUCAGAGAUAAAACAAAUGAAGGACGAAUUGGAGAAGGAAAUCUGUGAUCUGAAGAUGGAGAAUGAGAUGCUGCUGUCCACCCAAGAGCAGGCCAAGCAUCAGCUGCAGGAGGUCACCGCUCAGAGCGCCAAAGACACCCUGGAGAAGGACACCAUGAUCGAGGCCUUAAGGAUGGAGCGAGGGCGACUGGAGGAGGAACUAAAUAAAGUGGAGAACCGGAUGCACGAUCAGGCUCAGAAGUACGAACGCACCAUCAGCGAGCUCUCCAAUGCCCAGAAGUUAGACACCUCCGCCUUACACCGCGAGCACGAACGCCUCGUAAAGCUCAACCAGGAGAAGGACUUUCAGAUAGCAGAAAGCAAAAGGUCCUUGGAGCAAAUGGAAAUGGAUUGUGAAGAAACCAAGGAGAUGCUGACUAGUACAUUAGAAGGGCAGAAACAGCUGACGGAACUGAUCCGGGAGAAGGAGGCCUUCAUACAAGAACUCAGAGAGAAGAACCUGGAGAUGCAGAGAGAGAUGGACCAGAGAGCAGUGAAUGAAUGCGAUGUCCUAAGGCAAACCAUCGAAGAAAAAGAAAAAGCCUUAGCCUCCAUGAAGGAGGACAACAGCCACCUGAAGGAGGAGAUGGAGAGACUGAAGGACCAGCAGAGCCGCCCGCAGCCAGCGGUGGAGCCAAAGACGCUGGAUAUUAUCACCGAGCUGGAGGACGAGAUCACUCAGCUGACCAAAGUGCGCAGCAGCUACGAGGAAGAGCUGAAGCUUCAGAAGAAAGCGGCGGAGAAACAGAAUCAGAGUGCGCUCCAGGUCCAGAAAUCUCUGCAAGAAAAGAUCAAGGAAAUGGACGAAAUUAAGAUGCGCCAUAAGGAAAUGGUGGAUACUUACGAGAAUCUCCUGUCAGAGAAAGACAGUGAGAUCUCCAGCCUGCAACAGACCAAUGAGCUGAUCAGCUCCCAGCUCCAGAACGAGCAUCUCAUCCACACCGACUCCUCCGUCAUCCUCCACGACACCAAGACACAGAACAUCAACAACAGCGACAACGGUACGGAGAAACAUGACCUGUCCAAGGUGGAGAUCGAGCGGCUGGUGAAAGGCAUCAAAGAGAAGGAGAUGGAGAUCAAGAUGCUAAACGAGAAGAAUGUCACCUUAACCAAGCAGAUCGACCAGCUGUCCAAGGACGAGGUCGGAAAACUCACUCAGAUUAUCCAGCAGAAAGACCAGGAGAUCCAGAACCUUCACGCCCGCGUGUCCUCCAUCACCUACAUGCAGGAUGUGGUCUAUCUCCAGCAGCAGAUACAAGCAUAUGCUAUGGAGAGGGAGCAGGUCCUGGCCGUCCUCAGCGAGAAGACAAGAGAGAACAGUCAGCUAAGGACGGAAUAUCACAAGAUGAUGGAUGUGGUGGCAGCCAAAGAGUCGGCGCUCCUGAAACUCCAAGAAGAAAACCAGAGACUCUCCCGCAGCCAAGAAGGUAGCACCCAAGAGAUGUUCAGAGAGACCAUCCAAAAUCUGUCUCGGAUCAUCCGAGAAAAAGACAUUGAGAUCGACGCCUUGAGCCAGAAAUGUCAGACCUUGUUGACCGUCCUGCAGGCAUCCAACUCCGAGAAUGGCGGCGAAAUUGGAAGCGUCAACAGCAAUCAGUUCGAGGAGCUGCUGCAGGAACGGGACAAGCUCAAGCAGCAGGUGAAGAAGAUGGAAGAAUGGAAGCAACAAGUCAUCACCACCGUCCAGAACAUGCAGCACGAGUCGGCCCAUCUGCAUGAAGAGCUGCAGAAGCUGCAGGGUCAGAUCAGUCAGGACAGGGAUUCCAACUCUCAGUUGCAAGUGGAUUACAACAGCCUGAUCCAGAGCUACGAGCACAAUGAGAAGAAGCUCAGGGGUCUCGGCGUAGAGUUGAGUAACGUGCAGAGCAGCAUCGGAGAACUCAACAACACGAAAGAAAGAAUUCUCGGCCAACUUGAGGCCAAGAAGCGCGCUUCGACUCCCGAAAUCGAUUGGCCAUCGUCCGCGUCUUCUGACCUAAAAGAUGAAAACGGGACCAAGGUCCUUCAAGAAUGCGAGCAGCUAAAACUUCAGCUACAACAGAGAGAAUCCACCAUCAGGACCCUCCAGGAGAACAACCAGCGUCUGUCCGACUCCAUAGCCCUGACCACUGAAGAUGGCCGCCGCAGCCAGGAGGGAACUGCCCAGGAGCUGAAGCAGCUCAAGGAGAGGAGCGAACUCCUACAGAAGUCUCUGAAAGAGAAAGACAUCUUAAUAAAGACCAAAGGCGACAAGCUGAACUCCGCUACCGAGAACCUGAGGAACAAGGAGAAUGAGAACGAGCUGCUGAAGCAGGCGGUCACCAACCUCAAGGAGAGGACCCUGAUCCUGGAGAUGGACAUCAACAAGCUGAAGGAGGAGAACGAGAAGGUGAUGGCCAAGGAAAAGGAGAAGGAAAGCGAAUUCCGGGCCCUGCACGAGACCAACAUGCAGUUCUCCAUGCUGCUGCGCGAGAAGGAAUUCGAGUCCAGCUCCAUGAGGGAAAAGGCGUCGGCCCUGGAGAACCUCCUUAAGGAGAAGGAGCAGGGGAAGGCCGGGGAGCUGAACCAUUUGCUGAAUGAGGUGAAGUCCAUGCAGGAGAAGGCCAUUCUCUUCCAGCACGAGAGGGAUCAGGUGAUGCUGGCGCUGAAACAGAAGCAGAUGGAGAGCAGCGCCCUGCAAAGUGAGGUCCAGCAUUUCAGGGACAAGGAGCAGCGUCUGAAGCAGGAGUUGGAGCGGCUGCGCAGUCACCUGCUGGAGAUGGAGGACUCGUACACGCGGGAGGCGCUGGCCGCAGAGGACAGAGAGGUGGAGCUGAAGAAGAAGGUGACGGUCCUGGAGGAGAAGCUGAUGUCCUCAUCCAGCGCUGUGGAGACUGCAAGCCAUCAGGCCACCAUUCAGGUGGAGUCUCUACAGGAGCAGCUGAACCACGUGUCCAGGCAGAGAGACGAGGCCUUAAUGCAGUUCAACAUGUCCCAAGAGCAAGUCAAGCAGUACGCAAUGUCACUGAGCAACCUGCAGAUGGUGCUAGAGCAGUUCCAGCAAGAGGAGAAAGCGAUGUACACUGCGGAGCUGGAGAGACUCAAGAAGCAGAACAAUGAGCUCCGGCGGAAGGUGGAGACGCAGGAAGAUAAGAUCGUAUCACUACAGGAAAGAUUAGAUGAGGCAAACAUCGCCCUGGAGGCCGCCUCACGGCUCACCGAGCAGCUGGAUCUGAUGGAGGAGCAAAUAGAGGAGCUGAAGCGCCAAGGUGACCUGAAGCAGGAGAUGCUGGAGGAGGCGCAGAAUAAGCUGAUGAACCUGCUGAACAGCACAGAAGGGAAGGUCGACAAGCUGUUAAUGCGGAAUCUGUUUGUCGGCCAUUUUCACACCCCGAAGAACAGGCGUCACGAGGUUCUGCGGCUGAUGGGGAGCAUCCUGGGGCUGAAGAAGACUGAGAUGGAGGAGCUCCUGAUGGAGGAGAACCGUGGGGUGACCCGGUGGGUGACUGGCUGGCUCGGAGGAGGAGCCAAGAGCGUUCCCAGCACCCCGCAGAGACCCGGCCAGCAGUCCCUAUUUAAUAGUUCCUUCUCCGAGCUCUUCGUGAAGUUCCUCGAGACGGAAUCGCUACCGAAACUUCCUCCGCUGAAGAUGACGAUGCAGGACAUGGUGCCGCUGGGUGCAGCCGCCGGAGGGAGUCAGAGCACCACGGCGGCCGCCGCUGCACCAGGAUCCGGGUUGGGUCGACGUCAGGAGUCGAAUCCUUUCCUGGCCGCCCGCUCGGCCGCUGUGCCCCUCAUCUCCACCUCCUCGUCGGGCACGUCGGGGCACCUCCUCAUGAAGCCCAUAUCGGAGGCCCUGCCCACCUUCACGCCUCUGCCCGUCUCCGCUGACUCUGGCGCGGUGCUGAAGGAUCUGCUGAAGCAAUAGACUGGUUCGUAGCUGGGACUUUGGAGCAAUGUUGCACUUUAUGACGAAAAACACUAUUUGUAUAUAGGAAAAGCCAAAGAGGCCUUCACUGUACAAUCUGGAGACUGUUUCUUUAAGAAGAACUCCGCCUGGAUGCGUCCCCGCCGGCACCAUCUCACUCACCAUUCGCCACUUUAUUCCAGGGGUUUAUGGUUAUUCAGAAGGAAGGAAUCCCGUGUCUAAAAAAUGGCGCAAUAAUGGCGGCGCUCCCUGUAGCACUCUCUCUUUAAAGGGGGCGUGGCUUUGAAAUUGCAACAAAUGUAUCAAAUCGUCAGGACAAUUCUAUGCCGCUAAACCACGACUCAUCCGGUCACCAGCUUUGCCCAAAUUUCUGCAGCAUCACAUGACCCCCGAUCCGCGUGAUCGCAUAACGUCUCUGCCAAAGUUCACUCAGUGUUACUCAUUUCUUCAUCCAUCGUCCGCAGUAAACGUGCAUUCGGCGUUAGUCGGAGAGGCGGAGUUUUUUUUUACGGUUGAAGGUAACGUCGGUUUUUAUCUUUCGUAUAGUUGACGAUUCAGGUGCGAUUUUUAUUUUGUAUAUGGGGAAAAAAAAUUAUCAAAUAAACUGCGUUACCUUUUUUUUUUUUUUUUUUGACAUUGAGGAGGCGAAAAUAACACGAAAAUCUUUCACUUUAAAUUUUAAACUUGAGUUUUUGCAUUCGGAGGGAUUUAAAGGGAAUGAAACGUUGUGAUGUCUAGCGCAGGGGGGGCGGAGCCUGACACCGUUGAGGUACGCCAAAGAAAAGUUAUGCUCCGCCCCCCUCGGGCCCUGCACUAGGCAUAAUACAACAUUGGGCGAUGCUGGAGUGUCUGCGCCAUUGUUGCCAACUUGUGGUUCUCCAGCUGUCGGAAAACUACAACUCCCAUCAUUUGGCUAUCCUAGCAUGCUGGGAGUUGUAGUUUUGUAACAGCUGGAGGUCCAGAAGUUGGAAAACAAUGCUGUAUGGCAGUG